CCACCUGUGGACGGGAGGGGACAGCUGAGCAGCUACGGACAACCAAGUGGUCACAUUCAUCCUCAUCAUCACAGCAGAAGAACAAUGGCUGCGCCUCAGAAAGGAGAUCUGUCAGAAUCUGAGAGGAAAAUCCUACAACUUAUUGAUGCUGGGGAUGUAAAGGAAGUCGAUCGGCUGCUGGCCAGCAACGCAGUCAGAGUCAACUGCUUGGAUGAGUACGGCAUGACUCCACUGAUGCAUGCAGCGUACAAGGGCAAAGAGGACAUGUGUCGUUUGCUGCUGCAGCACGGCGCCGACGUGAACUGUAACCAGCACGAGUAUGGAUACACUGCUCUCAUGUUCGCUGGCCUGUCAGGGAAAACUACCAUCACCUCUAUGAUGCUGGAAGCAGGAGCAGAGACAGACGUGGUGAAUUCCGUGGGUCGCACCGCAGCUCAGAUGGCAGCGUUUGUGGGCCAGCACGACUGCGUGACAGUGAUCAACAACUUCUUCUCUCGGUCUCGACUGGAGUUUUACACCAAGCCACAGGGGCAGGAGAAGGAGCCCCUGCUGCCGCCAGUACUGGCAGAACCACUGCACAAGAUCAUCAUGACCGCCAACCUCAACCCGGUCAAGAUAGUCAUGCUGGUGAAGGAGAACCCCGUGCUGGUGGACAUGGCCGCUCUGGAGAAGUGCUACCAGGUCAUGAACCUGCUGUGUGAGCAGUGCGUGAAGCAGCAGGACAUGAACGAGGUGCUGGCCAUGAAGAUGCACUACAUCAGCUGUGUUCUGCAGAAGUGCCUGGCGUUUCUACAGAAACGGGACGACAAGCUUGACGCACUUGUCAAGAGUCUGUUGAGAGGCAGAGAGAGCGACGGCUUCCCACAGUACCAGGAGAAGUUCAUUCGGGACUGUAUCAAGAAGUUUCCUUACUGCGAGGCCACUCUCCUUCAGCAGCUGGUGAGGAGCAUUACACCGGUAGAGAUUGGCAACGACCCAACGGCAUACUCAGUGCUGACCCAGGCCCUCACAGGUCAGAUGGCGUUUGUAGAUGCUGACUAUUGUGUCACAUGUGGUGAGAGGGGAGCGGACAAGAGGUGCUCCCUUUGUAAAGCAGUCACUUACUGCAGCCUGAACUGCCAAAAGCUUCACUGGUUCACCCACAAAAAGAUGUGCAGGUCUCUGCGAGAACAGGACGCAGACCUGGACAAGGACACUCCAAGAUUGAAAGAACUCAAAGAUGACGAAAGCGACCUGGUGAUGGAGACGGCCAACUUUCUGCAGGAGCUGGUCCUGCGGGCGGAGGAGAAGGUGGCCGCGGCUGCUGGAGGUUGUCCUGCAGAGCUGCUCGCCUGUCCCUCCACCUCCACUGAGGGUCAGUCCUUCACCCGAGACUGAGCCGAGACGACUGCACAAGUAUCAGUGUGUGUGAACAAUUCUGAGUCUGUGAAUCUUCACAAAAAUAAUAAUAAUAUAAGGUUUAAAUCCUGGCUGAGGAGAAACCAGUGCGUCAGCAGGAAAGCUAAAGCUGUUCUUGGUAACUUGCAAAAACAACAGUAUGAGUAAUAAGCCUGGUUAGUGAUACGUGGAUACAAAGAGGCUAUUAACCUUUCUGGGAAGAGACUGUGUUGUCUCUAAACUGAGGCAUCUCGACAUUCUCUUUCCUGUGUGUCAAAUGUUUGAUUUUGAGAUUGUGUUUUUUUUCCCCAUAUUCUUUUCCUUUAAAAAAACAUACCUCAAAACAUUGUAAAUGGAUUUUCAUAUUGGCUUGAGAAAAAAGGAUGUUCAGGUCAUAGUUUAAUUAAGAAACAGAAGACGAAGAAGAAGAGAAAAUAUUCCGUUGUUGGUGUAGUGACAGUUGUGUAGAGCGGAAUGUGUGGUGCUAUUGUGAAGUCAAUUUUAAAAAAGAAGAAGAAGUAAGAAGCCAGAAGAAUUCUGCAAAAUGCUAAAUUAUAGUGCAUUAAACAUUUCCUAACAUUUAAUUUUUCUCACUUUCAACAUAUCUGUGUUCUAGGACAAAUAGACAAAUAGAUACUGAUACAUUUAAGAUUUUAAAUCACUGUUGACAAAGAAAGCAAAUGUGAAUUUCAGGUUUGUGAAACUGUGUGCAUCUCCUCGGACGACUCAGGUUAGUGAUACUACAUACAUAUCAUUUAUUAUAUACAUAAAAACAAGGAUGAUUUUAAACUUUCUUGACGUUAAUUAUAAUAAAAAUAGAGGUCAUAGUGUUUGGACACCCUGGUUGUUUGGAUGUGGACUCUUUUGGCCGUCAAGUCCUCAGUUUCCUUAUUAAAAUGAAAGCCUUUUGCCCUCCUUACUAUUUAGAGACAUAGAUCCUCACAUUUGUAUCAUCUCAGCUGGAUUAUUGUCAUUCUUUGUAUUAGACCAGAAUGCUGCUGCGUUUAGGGGCACUGAGGUCAAACAAAUUUGAAGUUGCUCUUGGAAGUAAGUGCCAAAAAAACCUUUUACAUUGCUUUUAAAGACCUGUCCCUUCUCUCUGACUUUCCCUUCCACGUGAGAGAUUUUACCACUUUACUAUUUUACUUUCUGUCUUGACUUACUGUGUUUCUUGUUGUACCUUUUACCUUGUAAAGCACUGUGGUCAAACGUGGUUGUUUUUUAAAUGUACUAUAGAAAUAAAGUUGACUUGACUUA